CACAACAUGCGCGUGGCAUCCAAAUGCAAGUUGAUAUCGUGGCUCACCUAUACCCGCAAGCUCCGACACAGCUCUGGGUACCGUUCCAGUCGUCCGAUAUCAGCGCCUCAAUCUACAAAAGCACUUCCAGAAAAUGACUAUCGACCUUACGCACAGAAGACGAAGACCGUCAAAUAAUCCUCCUGUCCGUAAGAAUUGGUGGCUCACUACUCAGACACAGACAUAACCUCUCACUGCUUGCAUUGACUGACUUUCUCCCUAGGUGGCACCACAAAGACGUGUUGCUAGGAAAGGAAAUUACGAUGAUCAGACUAGACGCCUAUUGAUAUGCGCAGAAGCGUGUGCUUCUGGUCUUGCUUCUACACCCACCCAUCCCACCCGCUCUGCAUGCCUACCUGGACGAUUAUCUCACCAUGCGAUAAAGACUAUGACCAUCCAAUGCGCAUGAACAUCUUUCGGGUCAUGAAAACUGUCUACCGGAUCUUGGACUCGCCAAACGAACCGUCUGCAGUCGAUGAAGGAAAACACAUUGCAACCCUCGGAUAUGCAGUGUCACAAGACAAGCCAGGACUUCCUGACCAAUCGAGUGCUGUUAUCCAUUUCCGACUCUCCACGCAGUUUGUUACGCACUUUGUUGUCGCGUUCUGUAAUCUGCAGAUCGUAGACAUGGUUCAAAACAUGAGCUUUCCUAUCCCAUGCGAACUUAUGCCGGUCAUGGCGGACAUCUAUGAAUUCAUAGUCGCGAGGUCGACCUCCUGUCGUGGGUUGAACAGCCCAGUUGAGGAGUGUGACCUCGCACGUAGGAUAUGGAAACAGCUGCAAGCGGAGAAGUAUCAUAAACGCCUUUUACAACAAGAGAUUAUUAGUGACAUAGACAUCGCUUGUUUACGACCAGGCUCUCCGCGAUGUUCUAUAUGCGACUCCAAUCUUAUCCACUGCAAUAGCUGUCAGGUUGCAUCGUGCGAGUCGGAUGACUGUCCGGGAUCUUCUGAACCCCCGCUCGCGCGGUGCGGCAGACAUCAAAAGGAGGUCUUGUGUUUCCCCUGCCUAGAUGAGCAGGGGUGCGAGGCGGAGCUAGAAAAAUGCCCCGAGUGUAAAUCGUGGUGUUGCACAAGGGACAUGUCAUCGUGUAGCGGUCAUCCCAUCGACGUUGAGCUUAUUCCUGGCUUACCCGGCAGCAAGACCGGACUUCCUGACCUGAUCGGCGCAUAUGCCAAUUCCGCACGCGUUCACCCUCCGAAGCGCGGUUCUUGUAUGGAAUGCGAGCUGCCCGGAUGGCGGAGUUGCAACAGCACGCAGUGUUGGUCUCAAACGAUUUGCCCAGAAUGCGCAGGCGGUGGUGUGACAUGUAUGUGUCAGGAAGUAUGGGUAUGCGACCCCUGUGCAGAACAUAGUCCAGGGGUCUUCAUUCGCUGUCCGCGCUGCAACCGGCCGUUCUGCUGCUCUUGCUCGUAUAUCGAUGAAUGUCCAGAAUGUCACCGCACGAACCUCUGCUAUGACUGCGCCGAAGAAGAGUCAGAUGUGGACGGCGGGAUCAUGGCGGAACUUCCUAGAUUUGUCGCGUCGUGUGGAAGUUGUCAGGCUAAGAUAUGCGAUCGCUGCGUGUCGCAUGCGGCUUUUUUGUGUGCGGGGUGCUUGCAGCGGCUUUGCCCGUCGUGCCGCAGGUCGCUGUGUGAUGAUUGUAAACUGUGGCUUGCGAGUGACGAUGAGGAUGGUGGAACUAGUGGUGCUGACCUUAACGUUUAGUACCCCACUUGUAAUUUAGUGAUUUUUGAGCACGUGACCUUGACGCGCACUCUACCUUCUAUUCACGUGCUUUGUUGCCUGUC